UCUAAUUCAUUUAUCUGAUGUAAGGUGAGCCCUCCAGCGAGGGGCUCGUAGAUAAGUCAUCGACUUAGCCGUGAGGGGCCAGACCAUCGUCGCGCAGAUUGGAUCUUUCGAGCAUUCCGGCAGACACGAGCGGUGCUGUGAUGAGCAGCGGCUGAUUUGUUAAUUGGACUUGGUAGAAGAGAACUUACAGAGCUCUGAAUUGGCUGGACAGAUCGCAACGAGUGGCAGGCAGCGCUGAGAGCAGUCUGCGAUGCUGAUUAGGCGCGACCGGAAUAGCUUUGCAAGAAAUCAAGAGAAAUAACGAUGAGCAGCAGCAGCAGUCAGGCAGUCGACGCCGAGAAACGACGCGAUCCCCAGAAAUGUCUGCCACCAGAAGUCUUUGACCUCGUGCUCACCGCGGUCUCGUUCCCGGCGGUGCAGUCGCUGCGACUGGUGAGUCGCACAUGGAACACGGCGGUGUCGGACUUUGUCAACUACAAUCCGGCGGCGUAUGCAUAUCUUGACUUUCGCCAGUAUGAUCUGGACCGAGUGACGCCGCAGUUGCUGUUGCGGUAUAUCCACAACUCGAGGGGGAUGACGACGUCGGUGCUGUUCCCGUGUCACUCGACCAAGAACGUACACUACAGUACGCUACGGGCGAUGAUAUUCCUGCAUCAGACACUCUCAGAAAGGUCGUACAACUCAUUGACGAACGCUUUGAAGGCAAAGAAGUACUGGCUGUGGACGGACGACUCGUCAACGUCGACGUCGUCGUCGUCGUCGUCAGAGGAGGAAGAGGAUCAGACUGGAUAUCGUCGGUAUGGCCAACAGCAGAAGCGGACGGAUCUGAUAGGGUCAAUGACUGCGGAGCUAAGUUGCCUGACAGGACUGGCGAUUGACAAUCUGUAUUUUGUGAUACGGCAAUGGAACGAUAGCGGGAUAAAUCAGAUCACGCCGCUGUAUCGGUUACAGGAGCUACAUAUAUCAGCGCACGCAUUGCCGAUGCUGAUUGCGUUCAUUCGCACGAAACGCAAGGAACCACUAUUGCCUAAUCUGCAGAUUCUGCAGUGCUGGUCAGAUUACGAUGCCAGAAGUAGGCUGAACGUGCCGCAUUGGCUGGAAGGUGGAGCGCUGGUGGAUGAGUUUGCGGCGUUCCCAGAGCUACUCGAGUUUAGGAUUGGGGAUUACAGCAACAACAGUAACUACAAUACGACUAAGGAGCAGGAGAUUGACCAGGACUGCCUGGAUAUUAUACCAGAGUGGAUGCCGAAGCUCGAGGUGCUGUCUUGCUGCGGCGUGAAUGUGCGGCCGAGCAGGUAUCCCGACCGGCGAGAUUACGUGCAUCGAAUGGACCUACGACGGGCAGCAAACUUGCGGGUACUGGACCUUUCGUACACAAAGACGUGGAUUAUGCCGUUUGUGUCGCCAAAGUGUCGCAAGCUGAUUUUGCGGGGAGCCGGGUUCGGGGCGGUUGAUUUGUCAAACAGUGUGCUGAACGGGGCCGACGUGGAUGCAGCUACGGAAGCACGACAGACGGCCGGGCUGCCGGGCGUAGAGAGUAUGUAUAAAGGAUUGGAAGUGCUGGACCUGUCUGCAUCGGGCGCGGUGCUGACGAACUCUGCGCUGAUAAACAUAUUGACGCUAUGCGAUGGCGAGCGACUGCAGACGCUGGAGCUGCAGUCGUGUAUGCGACUAGAGUUUGGCAAGCAUUGGUCAGAGCUGAUGGAGCAGAUUGUGGAGACGUGCCCAGGACUACGGCGGUUGAAUGUGAGCAAGAACAGCUCGGUGAGCGACGGGGACCUGGUUGCGCUGGCGGAGCUUGGACGGUUGGAGGAGGUGGAUUUGUCGGGGACGAGUGUAACAGAUCACGGACUACGGACACUGGCUCAGGGAGACGGCAGAUUGCGAAGGGUUGUGGUGGGCUCGUGCCCGGACGUAAGCCGGAAGGCGGUGGAGAGGAUGGAGAAGCAGGGUGUGAUAACGAGUUAGAGGGGAAGGAGAGAGAGGGAAGAGAGAGGGAGGAGAGAGAGAGAGGGAUAGGAGUGGGAGAGAGAGAGAGAGGAGGAAGGCGGUGAGUCAACGACCACUAAUCAAAACAUGUUCUCUAUCUCUUCAUGCGCUACUGCAGGGGUGCCUCAGCAGAAGCUCUAGAACAGACAGAGGUUCGAGGGAGAUCCAAAGUGUUUGUUUACAAUAAUCAAAGCAGAGUUUUAGAUUGCGAUUGGCGAUUAGGGUUUCAUUGCGAAGGAAGGCAGCGACGGAACUGGCCUAGCGCCAGAGCCUUCAGCUCAGUGUUUACUCCCGUCGACGACCCGCGCGGAGGACGACGAGGACGACGAGAGACGCAGCGAGAGACAG